UCGGUGGCGCUCGCAAGUUUGGAGAGUACAGAACCGUUUGUUGGAUUAUAAAGGUAGUCUUUGCUUUACUCAUAGCUACAUAUGCUUUACAGAUGUCAGUGAUGAUGUCAUAUAUCUUGAGUGUGGUAGGACUGUCGCUCCUUCUCGCACCUCUGGUUGUUGAUUGUCAAAAAACAUGUAACGCAACAAGCGGGCGUGUCUGUGGUGCAAAAUUUACUACAAAGACGUUUAAGAACGAAUGCAAAGUUAAAAGGAAGUUCAACGUUAUCUAUUCCGGAAAAUGUAGUGGAGACUGCGUUUGUCAGCAGGAUUAUACCCCAGUAUGUGGAGUAGAUGGCAAAACGUACAGCAACGACUGUUCCGCUGGCUGCAAGGGUGUUGCAGUAGCUUGCAUCGGGAAAUGUCCAUGUGACUGUAUCUGCACCCGCGAGUUUGCUCCCGUUUGUGGUGUGAAUGGCGAGACCUAUGGUAACGCAUGUGUUGCAGGAUGUCAUGGUGUUGCAAUCAAAUGUAAGGGGAAGUGCCCGUGUCCGUGUAUUUGCACACUAGAGUAUAACCCCGUAUGUGGAGCGGACGGCAACACCUACAGCAACAAGUGUGGCGCGGACUGUGCUGGUGUUGCUGUGAAUUGUGUCGGUAAAUGUCCAUGUGACUGUGUGUGUACCUUACAAUACGAUCCUGUUUGUGGAACAGAUGGGAAGACUUACGGUAACGAAUGCUUCGCAACAAAAUGUCAUGGUGUUGGGAUUGCCUGCAAAGAGAAAUGCCCCUGUCCGUGUAUUUGUACAGCAGAUUAUAACCCGGUGUGUGGGGUGGACGGCAAAACCUACAGCAACACGUGUCGCGCUGGCUGUGCUGGUGUUGCUGUGAACUGUGUCGGUAAAUGUCCAUGUGGCUGUAAAUGUACCUUACAAUACGAUCCUGUUUGUGGAAUAGACGGGAACACGUACGGCAACGAAUGCGUCGCAACAGAGUGUCACGGCGUUGGCAUUGCAUGCAAGCAGAAGUGCCCUUGUCCAUGUUUCUGCCCACAAGUGUUUAUCCCGGUAUGUGGGGUGGACAAUAAAACAUACGGAAACGCGUGUGAAGCAGCAUGUGAGAAUGUACCUGUGGAAUGUGCUGGCGAAUGCCCCUGUGGCUGCGUUUGUACUAAAGAGUAUAACCCGGUGUGUGGGUACGAUGGUAAGACGUACGGAAACCCAUGCAUGGCAAAAUGUCAAGGUGCGGCCAUACGAUGUAAACAACAAUGUCCCUGCCCAUGUUUGUGUACGAAAGAGUUCCGACCAGUGUGCGGUGUUGACGGGAAAACAUAUGAUAACAAAUGUUUAGCAGCUUGGAACUAUACCCGUGUUGAGUGUUCCGGCCCAUGUCCUUGUAAUUGUAAAUGCCCGAAAGUCUACAUCCCAGUUUGUGGAGAAAAUGGGGAAACGUACGGAAACACAUGCGUAGCUACAUGUCUAGGCGUAGCCAUUCGCUGCAACGGGAAAUGUCCAUGUCCAUGUCCAUGUCCAAAAAUAUUGGCUCCAGUGUGUGGUGAAGAUGGAGAAACGUACAACAAUAAAUGCCUUGCCAAUUGCGAGAGGGUACCUGUUGCAUGUACAGGGAGAUGCCCAUGCUGAAGAGGUUAACCUAUACAGAUACAUGAUAUGCAUGCUAGAUGCAGGAAUGCCACGGUUCUCUGCGUUCCUAUCUUGGAAGAACAGUUGGAAAAUGCGGAAUUGCAUGUGAAUUUCACAAAAUCGUACGCUACAAAUAAACAGUUAUUUGAAUUUAUUUUAGUAUUAUUUAUCAUUGAAUUAAUCACCACACGAGAAUAAAUGCUAUUUCUAGAUAUAGAUAUACACAAAAACUUAUACAUUUACUGCCAAACCAUCCAGAUUUAAGAUCUCACUCAAGUAACAAGUAACGUUUAUGUUUUUUUCUUGUCUGCAAUCAUUCAACCACCUUAGAUUUUUGCAAAGAAAAAAAUCAUAUUGCUUA